AUGUCAAUUAAAAAUGAUACAAAAACAUUCUUAGGAUUUAUUGAUGAACCAAUUGAUAGUUUAAAAAUAAAUAAAGAAGAGGAAGAAGAGGAUGAUUACCCUUAUUCAACAAAAAUUGGUGGAUCACCUAUAUGGUGUGCUCAACCACCAAAUCAUUUAAAAGAUUUAAAAUGUAAUAUGUGUAGUUCAAAUUUAUCAUUUUUAUUACAAGCAUAUUGUCCAUUAAAUUCACUUCCAGAUUAUGAAAGAAAUUUCUACGUUUUUGUUUGUCCAAGUAAUGAAUGCAAUCCAUUAUCUUCUGGUUGGAGAGUAAUUAAAUGUUUAGAUCCAUUAAAAGAAGAGGAAGAAGAUUUACAAAAUGAACAAAUUGAGGAUAAAGUACAAGAGUUACAUCAACAAAAUGUAAUUGAAAAACCACUUGAUGAUUGGGGUGUUGAAGAUUCUGAUGAUUGGGGAAUUUCAUCAACAACAACAACUACUACUACUACUACAGCAUCAGUUACAAAUUCAAUUGAUCAAUUAUUAAAAAUUCGUGAUGAUGCAAUUAAAGAAGAAAAGAAAAGAAUUAAAGAAGAAGAACAACAAAAAAAAAAUAAUAAUAAAAUAAAUAUAGAAGAUGAUUGUAUUAAUGAGGAAGAAAUAAUAUCAGGUGUAAUUAUUCCAGAUGAUAAAAGUAAUAAAUUUCAAUCAUGUACUUUAUUCAUUGAUGAAGAAUCAAUUUAUACAAAAAAAGAUAAAAAAUCAUCAAAUAAAAACAAUAAUAAUAAUGAAGAAUCAGAUUUAAAUCAAAGUAUUUUAAAGAAAUAUCAAGGUAUAGAGAAUACAUUUGGUGAUGAAAGUGCAGAAUGGUCAGAUGAAACCUAUGAAUAUGUAAAAGAUCGUGUUUUUAGUAAAUUCAUUAAAAAGAUCUCAUUUGCACCUGACCAAUGUUUACGUUAUUCAUAUGGUGGUAAACCAUUACCAAUGACUGCAGAGGGUGUAAAAUUAUUAACAUUCAACCAAAUUAAUAAUUUACCACCACAUUGCUCAAUUUGUAAUUCUGUUAAAGUAUUUGAAUUUCAAAUUUUGUCAACUUUAAUAGCUCAAAUUAAAUUAAGAGAUCCUUUAGAUCCAAAAAAGAAUCAAUUAGAAUUUAGUAAUGCUUUCAUUUACACUUGUCCAAAUAAUUGUUUUGAUAAACAAAAAGAUACUUUUAAUAAUGUUAUUUAUAAUGAAGAAACUAUUAAAAUUGAAAAAAGUAUUUAA